AUGGGUGCCCAUGUUUCUAGAAAUGAUUUCGAAUGGGUUCACACAGAAGAGCCGCAUGCUAGCCGACGCAAGAUCAUUUUAGAGAAGUACCCAGAAAUCAAAAAGCUGUACGGCUACGACCCUAACUUCAAAUGGGUAGUCACGGGGAUGGUGUUCACUCAGUUCCUGAUGCUGACCCUGGUGUCAUAUAUGAGCUGGCCCGUGCUGCUGCUGGUCGCCUACUGCUUCGGCGGAGUUAUUAACCAUUCUCUCAUGUUAGCAAUCCAUGAAAUCGCACACAGUCUGGCAUUCGGACACAAUAGGCCGCUGCACAACAAACUUUUCGGAUUCUUCGCGAAUCUGCCCAUAGGCAUUCCUAUAUCUAUCAGCUUCAAGAAAUACCAUUUAGAACAUCAUAGGUACCAAGGCGACGAAAAAAUUGACGUCGAUCUACCAACUCUAAUAGAAGCUAAACUCUUCUGUACAACUGGAGGGAAGCUGUUAUGGCUCUUCUUGCAGCCGUUCUUCUACUCGCUAAGACCGCUCGUGGUCAGACCCAAACCCCCCACUCCGAUGGAGGUCAUCAACCUUAUCAUUCAGCUCAUGUUUGAUAUGAUUGUCGUUAAGCUGUUUGGUGGAAGAGCACUCGCGUACCUGCUAAUCGGUUCGCUAUUGGCCAUGGGCAUACAUCCAGUAGCUGGUCACUUCAUCUCCGAGCACUAUAUGUUCAAGAAAGGCUUCGAGACCUAUUCGUACUACGGUCCGUUGAACUGGAUCACCUUCAAUGUGGGUUACCAUAACGAGCAUCACGAUUUCCCCGCUGUCCCCGGCAGCCGAUUGCCCGAGGUCAAACGCAUUGCGCCCGAGUUCUACGACGACCUGCCGCAGCACAACAGCUGGUCCGGAGUCCUGUGGGACUUCGUCACCGACCCGGAUAUCGGGCCGUACGCCCGGAUCAAACGGAAGAACCAGGGAUUAGACAGUUAG